AUGCAGCGGUUUGCAUCCAACUAUAUAAAGACUACAAAGUACAAUGCCCUAAGUUACUUGCCACUAUCACUUCUUUACUAAUUCAAACGAUUCGCAAAUAUAUACUUCCUACUUAUUUCUAUACUCAGUUUUUUCCCCUCAAUCAGUCCUUUCAGCGCUUUAUCAUCGACUUUACCAUUUGCUUUUGUUGUUAUGGUCUCUGUAUUUAGAGAGGGAGUUGAGGAUCUAGCUCGCUAUAAAUAAGAUAGAGAAAUUAACAGAGUAAAAGUUCAGAAAGUGAAUAAUGAUGGAAACUUGGUGGAAAUUUAUUCGUCUUCAGUUUAAGUAGGCGAUAUACUCUAUAUUCCUGAGGAUACAAUGUUCGCAUCAGACAUGAUUCUACUUGACAGUUCAAGUGAAGGCGGCUAGUGCUUUAUUUAGACUUCGAGUCUCGAUGGCGAGAAAAAUCUAAAGAAGAGACUGAAGCCUAAGGAUUUCUUAUUCAAGAACUAAAAUGAAAAAGAUAGUGCCAGAAAAGACAAAUAAUCAUUAAAAGGGGGCAAGUUCCCAGUUUUUAAAGGCAGGUGUGAAUGUGAUUUACCAAAUGCUGAACUUUAUGAGUUCUCAGGAAACCUCAAAUACGAAAAGAGGAGUUAUGCGUUGAGUGCAACUUAAUUACUUUUGAAAGGUUCAAUUCUAAAGAAUACUGAAUGGAUUAUAGGCUUUGUAGUGUACACUGGAAAUGAAACGAAAUUAAUGAUGAAUUCUAAAGAGGGAACAUUCAAGACAUCCAAAGUUGAAGCUAAGAUGAAUUAACUAGUCAUCUUGGUAUUGGGAAUUCAAAUAUUUUUGUGCCUCUUAGUUAGCUUUGUUGGAAUUAACUGGUACAGAAACGAUAGCUCAGACUAUAAAUAUCUGUAGUUAACAGAUGCAUUAGGAACUAGCUUUGUUGAGACUUUUUUCAGAUAUUUUUUGCUUCUAAAUACUUUGAUUCCAAUUUCAUUGAUUGUAACUAUCGAAGUAGUUAAAACAGUUCAAGCUUAUUUUAUUACUAAUGAUGCAGAGAUGUAUUCUCUUGAAAGGGAUAGACCUGCCAAGGUUUCAUCAGCAAGUUUGAAUGAGGAACUUGGCUAAAUAGGCUAUAUUUUCUCAGAUAAAACUGGCACACUCACCAGAAACAUAAUGGAGUUCAAACUUUGCUAAAUAGGUUAAUAAUUAUAUGGAGAUGCCAAUCUGCUGGAGUAUGAUACCAAGCCUUUGCAAUAAAAGGUUUUGAGGUACAACUAAAAGCAAGGAACAUAAUAUACUUUCAAGAAUAAGUAAAUUGAGAAUGUACUCUUUAGAGAAAAUAUCACUGAAGAGUCAUCAACAAUGUGUGAUUUUAAAGUAAUGUCAAAAUCCAGAAAAAUUGUAUAUAAAAUCAUGCAUCAGCAAAUUUUAGUGGUUGAAUUCUUAAAGCUAUUAUCAGCUGCUCAUUAGUGUAUGCCUGAGACUAAAAAGUCAAAUGGAAUGGAAGAGAUAUUUUAUUAAGGACCUUCUCCUGAUGAGGUCACUUUAGUUGAAUUCGCUUAAUAGCAUGGCUAUGAAUUUUAUUUUGGAAACGAUAAUUUUGCAAAGGUAAGAGUCUAAAAACCUGCAAAAAGAAGUCCUUCAGACCAAGUGACUCAAUGGUAGAAGAUAAGAAAUAUUGAAUUUGAUGUUUAUAGGAGAAUGGAUUUCAACUCAGACAGAAAGAGAAUGAGUAUUUUGCUUAAGGACCCUGAUGAUGGCUAUUAUAAGUUAUACGUAAAGGGAGCUGAUUCUAUUAUAAAAGAUCGCCUAGAUAAAAAGUAGUUAGAUAAAGAAUAUAUGGAAGAAAUUGAUGAUUUCUUAACAAGGGCUAGUGUAAAGGGGUACAGGACUUUAUUAAUGGCUAUGAAAGUAUUAGAUGAAGAUGAAGUUAAAACCUUCUUAGAGGAUUGUGGUAAAGCAGAAUAAAAUCUGUUAACAAAGGAUUAGUAACUUUAGUAAAUUUACAAUGAUUUUGAAAGAGAUCUUGUGAUAGUUGGAGCAACAUGCGUUGAAGAUAGACUCUAGGACAAAGUUCCCGAGACCAUCAGAGAUCUACAGAACGCUGGAAUUAAAAUUUGGAUGCUAACUGGAGACAAACUAGAGACUGCAGAGAAUAUAGGAUAUUCCUGUAAUUUACUAAGAAGAGAAAUGCACAUUAUUAAAUGCAGUAAUCUUGAUGAUGUUAAGAGAGAGUUCAAUGAUGAAAAAGGCUAGAUUAAUGAAUAAAUGCAAAGAGAUUAAAUACCAAGAGGAAUCCUAAUUGAAGCAGGAGCACUAAAAAAUAUCCUAGAAGAUGAUUCAUUUACAAUAAAGAGACAUUUCCUGAAGAUAUCUAAGACAUGUGAAGCGGUAAUUUGCUGUAGAGUUUCACCUGCAUAGAAGGCAGAUGUAGUUAAACUAAUCAAAGAUGAUGAUCCAAAAACAGUUACUCUUGCAAUUGGUGAUGGAGCUAAUGAUGUCUCUAUGAUUCUUGAGGCACACAUAGGUAUAGGAUUAUAUGGAAACGAAGGUAUGAGAGCAGUUUAAUCAGGUGAUUAUGCACUUGGUGAAUUCAAAUAUCUUUGGAGAUUGAUUUUAAUACAUGGAAGAUUGGCAUAUAUAAGGAAUUGCGAUUUAAUUCUCUAUUUCUUCUAUAAAAACAUUGUCUUCACUUUACCAUAGGUAUUUUAUGCAUUUAUAGCUGCAUACUCUGGAUAGACAAUUUAUGAUGAUUGGUAUAUAACAUUUUACAAUCUCUUUUUCACAUCACUUCCGUUAAUGAUUGUGACAUUUAGACUAAUGACAACAUCUCGUUAUUUCACAUGGAUUAACUUAGUCAGUAUCUAUAUUCUAUCAUUAGGAGUUUAUGUAGCAUACAUGUGGGGUUCUAAUUACACUGGCUUUUCUAAUACUUAUUUAUCUAUGGUUACUAUAUUCUAGUCUCCUCAUUAUUAUUUGACUGUAUUUUUAUGUGUUGGCUUUUGCUAUUUGACAGAUUUAUUUAUUGAAGCAUGGAAAUUUGAAAUUACUACAAAUCCUACUGACUUUCUCAGAAAAAUAAUUUCAAAUGGAAAAGACAUUGAUAAGCAUCUUGAUGAAUUCAAUAGAAUAUAUCUUGGUAUAAAGACCUAGUAUGUUGAUAAAGACAUUGAAAGAGAAGGUAAAAUAGAAGAAAGAAGAGACUUGAGAGUAAACAAAUAUGGACCGAAUAAAUUUAAAGACUUUAAAAAGAAGGAGGUCAAGAAACAGAUUAAGAAUGAGAUUGAAUUGGAAUUUAUCGAACAAGAUGAAAAGGAUAAAUAUAUCAAUAGUAAGUAUAAUAAAGAAUCAGAUGAUGAGGAGGAGUAGGGAUAUACUAGUCCAGAUCUUUAUGCUCAUAAAAAUACUGCUAACACAAAACCACGAAUGCUUUAAGUUAUAGAAGAAGCAGAAAAAUAAAGAGUAAGGAAAAAGUUCGAGGAGUAUAAGUAUAAUGCAGAAAAGGUUAAGGCAAACCAAGAAAAGAAAGUAGAUAAUACAUAUUAUAGAAUUGGAUAGCAAAAUUAAAGAUCUUUCAGACAACCCUCUUAAUCGGAAUCAUCAUUUAAGUAGAUGAAUGUUAUCUAAAAAGGAGAAACCUUGACUAAUUCUGAUUAAUAAACAUAUGGACAAAGGUUUAAGAACUAGAGAGCUAAUCUCUAAAGUGACUAAAUAAGCAAUUUGAAUAAUCAAAAUCACCUCAAAGAAAAUACAAGUUAGUCCUAAUCAUCUAUCAAUCAAAGAUCAAUCAGCAAAAAGAGUUAAAGCAAAUACGAGAUAGAAGAAUCAGAUGAUGAAGCGAGUGAUAGACAUAAGAGAAAGAAAAUAUAAAAGUUUUGA